AAAAAUGGCCUUUUUAAAUGGUAGUAAAAAAUGGCCAAGUCAGACUGAACUCACGAAUAAAAAAGAUUGAGCUGAAUGAGGAUGGAAGUGUCAAGUGUUUUAUACUGAAUGAUGGUAGUACAAUUGUGGGAGAUGCUUUCGUGUUUGCCACUCCAGUGGAUAUUUUCAAGCUUCUUUUGCCUGAAGACUGGAAAGAGAUUCCAUAUUUCAAGAAGUUGGAGAAGUUAGUCGGAGUACCUGUGAUAAAUGUCCAUAUAUGGUUUGACAGAAAACUGAAGAACCCAGAAGAUAAUCUGCUCUUCAGCAGAGUUGCUGGUCUGUUUAUAAAAGUGCCAGGUUGUGAACCUUGGCGGCCCUUGCAAAGAUCCCCUAUAGAGGCACGUCAUAAUGGUCAAAACUAUGCGUUUGCCCUUCUAACUGGCUAUCGCGAUCCUCCUGCUGGUGUUUCGUCUGAACCUUUUAGUAGUAUUGAUUUCAACCAUGUUUACUAA